AUGUGUACACACAUUGACUUAUACCAAUGUGUGUACACUAUUUUGAGUCAGCAAUGGGGUUUGGGAGAAGCUGGGGUUCAGUUUAUCCCUAUGAACCGUGGUUUCUUCAUUAUAAAACUAUUAACUCAAGAUGACAAAGACAAAGUUUUCAAGGAUGGUAACAAAAAUCCAUGGAUUGUUAAUGAUCAGCCUCUUCGUUUGAUUGAAUGGUAUCCAGGGUUUGACGCAGACAAGCAAUGUACUUCUCAUUCAACGGUUUGGGUGAAGUUUCCUAGCCUGCCCGUGGAGAUGUGGGUAGAAAAAACGCUUUUAGCUUUAGGGAAAUCUCUUGGAACACCCAUUGUGGUAGAUAAGAGAACCCUAAAUCAUGAAUAUGGUCAUUAUGCAUCUGUUUUGAUUGAUAUAGAUUUUGCUAAACAUGAUACUGAUUCAGUUUAUGUUGAAGUUGAUGGACGACAUUUUCUGCAACCUAUUGAAAUUCUAAAACAACCUAAGUUUUGCUCCAAGUGCAAGAUUGUUGGGCACUUGGAUAAAGAAUGUAGGAAGAAGCAUGCAGUUAAUGCAUUACAUGCAGCUCAUGCACGUACAGACGCUCGAAAAAAUCAACCUCAAACUCUGGUUAUACAUCAAGGGGAGAAUAAUGAUACAUGGCAGACUAUAAGUCAUAAGAAGAAUGGUAAGAAGAAUAAGAAAGAUGCUACAGAUACUCGUGUGCAGGUUGAUGUGGUGAGGAUUAGUACUGCUGAUUAUGAACAACAGCUUCAGGAAGAUCUGAUCAAGUCCGAAGCUGCAAUGCGCACUGCUGCAGCUAUGGCGGAGAAGGCUGUUGCUGCGCAUUCAGUUUUAGUUAGUAGGGCAAAGUCGCUGAGUACUGUUGCCUUAAAUACUAAGCCUGGUGGGAAUCUGUGGAAGAGUUCUGAAUACGUCUCUUCAAACAAGUUUAAUAUCUUGGAUAGUACUCUUGUGGGUGAAACGGCAAGUGUACAUGAGCUUGGGCAUAUUGAUGAAGUUGCACGUAAGGCUAAGCAUCAACAGCUUUUGGCUUUUCAGGCUAGACUAGACACUUUGAGGGAUGUUGAUGUUUAA